AUGUCCACAGAACAAACACAGCUCAGUAAAACUGCCCUCAAAUUCUUCAGUCUGGGAGGCAGCAACGAAGUUGGCAGAUCUUGCCAUAUUCUUCAGUAUAAAGGAAAAACUGUUAUGCUUGAUGCAGGAGUUCAUCCGGCACAUCAAGGGUUAGCUUCCUUACCCUUCUACGACGAAUUUGAUCUAUCCAAGAUCGACGUUUUACUCAUAUCACAUUUCCACCUUGACCACGCUGCAUCCCUUCCCUACGUUAUGCAGCGGACGAACUUUAACGGUCGGGUAUUUAUGACUCAUCCCACAAAGGCUAUAUAUCGCUGGCUUUUAAGUGAUUUUGUCAAAGUCACAAGCAUAGGAUCCGGAUUCUCGGACAAGGAGGAGAAUUUAUAUACAGAUGAGGAUCUAGCGGAAUCUUUUGAUAGAAUUGAAACCAUAGACUUCCACUCCACCAUUGAUGUAAAUGGUAUUAAGUUUACAGCUUUCCAUGCUGGCCAUGUUCUGGGUGCCGCAAUGUUUCAAAUUGAAAUAGCAGGCCUCAAAACCCUUUUUACCGGUGAUUACUCUCGGGAGACUGAUAGGCAUUUGAAUUCUGCAGAAGUUCCUCCAUCGUCAUCAGACAUCUUGAUCGUCGAAUCUACAUUUGGCACUGCAACUCACGAACCAAGGGUUAAUAGAGAGAAAAAGCUUACGCAGCUCAUACAUUCUACAGUUUUACGCGGUGGAAGGGUGCUAUUGCCAGUAUUUGCACUAGGAAGAGCCCAGGAAAUUAUGUUGAUUUUGGAUGAAUUUUGGUCUCAGCACUCUGAAGAACUGGGCAACGGACAAGUACCCAUUUUUUAUGCCUCAAACUUGGCGAGAAAGUGUAUGAGUGUCUUUCAAACAUACGUUAAUAUGAUGAAUGACGAUAUUAGAAAAAAAUUCAGAGACUCUCAGUCCAAUCCCUUCAUUUUCAAAAAUAUCUCCUACUUAAAGCACCUCGAUGAAUUUCAGGAUUUCGGCCCUAGUGUGAUGCUUGCCUCACCAGGAAUGCUGCAAAAUGGUUUAUCUAGAGACCUGCUGGAAAAAUGGUGCCCGGACGAGAAAAACCUUGUCCUAAUCACCGGUUACUCUGUGGAAGGAACGAUGGCUAAGUAUAUUAUGUUGGAACCUGAUGUCAUACCCUCUAUCAACAAUCCCGAAGUGAGCAUACCAAGGCGUUGUCAAAUAGAAGAGAUUUCCUUUGCUGCCCACGUAGAUUUUCGUGAGAAUUUGGACUUCAUCGAAAAAAUUGGAGCCAGGAAUGUUAUAUUGGUUCAUGGCGAAUCAAAUCCUAUGGGGCGUCUUAAGUCUGCGCUUUUAUCAAACUUCUCAUCUUUGAAAGGGACUGAAGAUGAGGUACACGUUUUUAACCCUAGAAACUGUGUUGUUGUAGAGCUGGAAUUCAAAGGUGUCAAAGUAGCCAAAGCAAUUGGAAAUAUUGUAGACGAAGUAACGAAUGCGUUGGGGAUUCAUAAUGUGCCUACUAAUGUUGGCAAAGUCGACAUGCAAGAAGAAGAAGCGGGAUCGCAUAACGAUGUGAAAAUUAAGGAAAUAGACGACGAAACUGUAGUUUCGGGGAUUUUGGUUUCGGACGAAAAGAACUUUGAUUUAAAUUUAGUAUCGCUAUCAGACCUGAGAGACUACCACAUGGACCUAUCCACUACCGUGCUGAGGGAACGACAGACGGUUCUUAUCGACUGCAAAAAAGAGCUGAUAUACUGGCACUUGUGCCAGAUGUUUGGAGACGUUGAGGUGAUAAUUGAUGAAGAUUGCAUUACGCAUACUUCUGAAGCGCCAGAAAAGAAGGCCUCCACUGGUCUUGAGUUCGAAGUAAAAAUUAUGGGCGAUGUAAAGCUAAACAUCAUCAAAAAUGUCGCUACGCUUGAGUGGUCACAAGGAAUAAUGAAUGACACAGUCGCAGACAGCGUAAUGGCCAUACUGCUGAGCGUUGAUUCGUCGCCUGCAAGCGUCAAAAUGAGCAGUCACAGUUGUAACCACGAUCAUUGCGAGGACCCAGUAGAAGACAACGUUGAGGACCAACACGACGAUACGUGGAAGAUCAGACAAGUUGCCCGUCUUUGCACGGAGCAAUUUGGCGAGUGUUUUAGCUAUAAACUCGAUGAAGCUAGUCCAACUGGGGAGAUCAUGGGUCACAUCAACAUAGGCGAAAUGACAGCAUCUAUAAAUCUUUCGCAAAUGAGAGUCGCCAAAUGUGAAUCAAAUCCUUUGAGAGGACGUAUUGAGAGCAUAUUGGGUAUUGCUAGUGAUCUUGUAGCUCCUCUAUGUUGA